GGGUUCUGCGGUUGCCAAAAUAAUAGGCAAUAAUGUAAAGAAAUUGCAAAAGUUUGCUUCCACAGUGAAGAUGUGGGUCUUCGAGGAGGAUAUUAAUGGGAGAAAACUGACAGAUAUCAUAAAUAAUGAACAUGAAAAUGUAAAAUAUCUCCCCGGAUACAAGCUGCCAGAUAAUGUGGUUGCUGUCCCAAACCUUAAUGAAGCUGUACAGGAUGCAGACUUGCUGGUUUUUGUCAUUCCUCAUCAGUUCAUUCAUAAAGUCUGCGAUGAAAUCACAGGACGAAUACCCAAGAAAGCACUCGGUAUAACUCUUAUAAAGGGAAUAGAUGAAGGCCCAGAGGGACUCAAACUGAUCUCUGACAUUAUUCGAGAGAAGAUGGGAAUAGACAUCAGUGUGCUGAUGGGAGCUAACAUCGCCAAUGAGGUGGCAGCAGAGAAAUUCUGUGAAACCACAAUAGGGAGCAAAAUCUUAGAAAAUGGCCUUCUCUUCAAAGAACUCCUGCAGACUCCAAACUUCCGAAUAACUGUAGUAGACGAUGCAGAUACGGUUGAGCUUUGUGGUGCUCUGAAGAAUAUAGUGGCAGUAGGAGCUGGGUUCUGUGAUGGCCUUUGCUGUGGUGACAAUACCAAAGCUGCUGUUAUUCGCCUUGGCCUAAUGGAGAUGAUUGCCUUUGCCAGAAUUUUUUGCAAAGGACAGGUGUCUAUUGCCACUUUCCUGGAGAGCUGUGGAGUCGCUGAUCUCAUCACAACAUGUUACGGUGGCCGGAAUCGACGUGUAGCAGAAGCGUUUGUUAAAACUGGAAAGUCUAUUGAAGAAUUGGAGCAAGAAAUGCUGAAUGGUCAGAAACUGCAAGGACCACAGACUUCUGCAGAAGUGUAUCGCAUCCUCAAGCAGAAAGGAAUGCUGGAAAAGUUUCCACUAUUCACUGCUGUGUAUCAGAUCUGCUAUGAAGGGAAGCCGGUCAGAGAGAUGAUAUCCUGCCUUCAAAGUCAUCCAGAGCACAUGUAAAAUCAAUCAGGCCAUCGUACUAAUGCAGCUCACUGCCUUUCAAACUUAUAUCUGGGUUCAAGUGGAUGUAUCAUUAAGCUUCAUUCAAAGCUGCUCUACUAGGCAACAGUAACGACAUGAAUGUCUGUGAAUGGGUGUUUAUUUUUUGUUUUACAGCCUAGUUUGACAUAGCAUGCAGCGUUGGCUUGGUGAUUGUUGUUUUACUGGCUAAAAUACAACUGUUUUAAGAUGCGCAAUGCAAAAAUUGCACUACAUAUCUAGUGCAUAUACACAAGUGUACUUUGUGUGGGUUCCUACACCAUAAAACACAAUGUUUUGUUGUCUCUUAUUAAGGCCUAGUCCAAAAUCCACUGGACACCAUGGGAAGAAUCCCACUGGUUUUGAUGGAGACUGAAUUGAGCCUGUAACCUUGAAAUAUUAGGAGUCUUUCUAUUAGAACUUGGUUUUAUUCUGCAUACACAUUGGAAUUUUAACAUUUUGCAUGUUUAUGAUUAUAUUAAUUUAAGCAAUAUUAAUGCAAAACAAGUGGUAGCAGU